CCGGACAGAACCCCAAAGCGUGUCGCUCCUUGGUUGUUUGCUGGCUGUGUAAGAUGCAGAUAAAGGACCUGCCGUUCAGAGUGAUAUUCCAACUCUGCAGACAUCUGGACUCGCCUCACGCCGACCGCUUCAGUUGGCGCGCUCUCCUCUCCCACGUCCCUCAUUCUCCGUACAAUGCCAUCGACGUGGGUGCCUUCCAACGAGUGGGGCACCAGCCAAACGGGAGUCCGACUGAGGCAGUGCUGCAGGAUUUCAUUGCCCGAGGAUUCUCCGUGGACGACCUCUAUCUCAUGAUGAAGGACAUGGGAUACGUGGAGGGAAUGAGGAUUCUUCAGCAGUACGCUUCUCCGGAGCAUCAUCAUUUUCUCGCUCAACUUUUGGGGGAGAUCGAGGCCACACCCCCUGCCCCUCCCCAAAAGGACACUCUCCCUCCGAAAGUAGGAGGAGGGGAGAAGUAUGUGGUGGACCCCCUGCAUGGACCCCUGCCCCCCUCCAACCCCACUCCCCGUGAGAGGUACAUGGUGGAGGUGGUUCAGCCAUCGGGUGGGGAGGGAGGUGAGAAGGUGGGACAAGGCAGGAGGGAGAAAGACAAGGCAAUUGACGGACAAGGAGCAGUCGUGCAUAACGGACACGACCAGUUUCCAUGGCAGCAGCCACACCCACCUCAUCUUCCUCACUCGCAUCCUAACUCCCUCCAGAAUGGAAUGGGGACGGCUCAACCCGAAGUCUCUGUUCCACGUCCGCAGUACCUGGUAUCAAAUGGAGCCUACCCUAAUUUUAUGCCGAGUCAGCAACCAUACCACUACCAGCAGCAGCAGUUCAAGACCACGCCCCCUGGCCCCGCCCACCCUAAUUACCUCCCGACUCACUCCCAACCUCCGUCCUAUCAUCGUCAGAAUCCACAUACUCCAGUGGGUGGAGUUUCACCAUCAUCUUCGGAGUACCCCGUUUUUUCCCCCGCGCCUUCCUUCAACCCUCACUACUCCUAUUCCCCGUUAACCCCUCCACCACAGAAUUCCACUGGCUCCUCCUCGCAGUUAACCCCUUCCUCACCGGCUGACUCUACCUCCACGGGGAUGACGUCAUCGUCGGCAAACUCUGAAAUUCCACUCCCAAACAUUCUCCAUUUCUCGUUUCAGGAGUUGAGCGAAGCAACCGGUGGGUUUACUACGGGCCUCCUGGGAAUAGGGUCGUUUGGGAGUGUCUACAAGGCCAUGGUGAGAGGAACUGGGCCUUACGCCGUCAAGAAACUGCACAAUGAGACUGAGUACGAAGGAGGGAUGUUUUACGAGAUGAUCCAUCGCGACACUUUUCUCCAAGAACUACAGAUGCUAACAAAGUAUCAUCAUCGGAACAUACUCUCACUGGUUGCCUAUAGCAACGACGGCUUUCGUCCCUGUCUAGUUUACGAGUACAUGGAGAACGGGUCGCUAGGCGACUGUCUCCACGGGCGACGGAAUGUUCGUUUGGCGUGGGAUGUGAGACUCAGCAUUGCGGACCAGGUUGCAGAUGCUCUUCAUUUCCUGCACACAGUCAACCAUCCUCGCUGCCUGGUUCAUGGAGAUAUCAAGAGUGCCAACAUUCUCCUGGACAGUCACCUGGUCCCCCGGCUCUCAGACUUUGGUCUGGCCAGAGAGUGCUCCGCCCGCUCCUCCUCCCAGCAGAGCCAGUUCUCCACCCAGUCACAGGUCAUCAUGGGGACCGUGGCCUACAUGGCCCCCGAGUUGUUCAGGAACCGCAAACUAUCCCCGAAGACAGAUGUCUACAGUUUUGGAGUCAUUCUGCUGGAGUUGUACACGGGACUGGCAGCUGACGAUCCCGCUGUGCCUCAGAGAGCUCUGACGAUGCGACUGGCCGACCUGUUCAAGGAGACGGCACAGCAGUCUGAGAUAGCGUCCCAGGCGGACCCCCACGCUGGUUGGCCCGGCAACGUGGGGUGUGGUCUGUUUGACAUUGCCACAGUCUGUGUGAGACGUAGGGACAGAGACAGACCCACCAUGGACCAGCGGAAGCUAACGUACGGCGCCGUAUCUAGUCUGUCGUCUCAUCGGCGAAUGCAGAGCGGCGGGCAGACAGACACAGAUCUGGUCGUCAUUGGCAGCGGACCUGGCGGAUACGUUGCCGCCAUAAAGGCAGCUCAGCUGGGACUCAAGACGGUGUGCGUGGAGAAGGACGUCACUCUUGGAGGGACUUGUCUCAACAUCGGCUGCAUUCCUUCAAAGUCACUGCUGCACAAUUCCCAUCUUUUACACAUGACUCAACACGAGUUUGCCACCAGAGGAAUUGACGUGUCUGGAGUUGAGCUGAAUCUGGGGAACAUGAUGAAGGCAAAGGAAACGUCCGUCUCACAACUCACCAGCGGUGUGGCCGCACUUUUCAAGAUGAACAAAGUAACACACAUGGUAGGCCAUGGUUCCAUUACUGGUAAAAACGAAGUGACUGUUACCAACGGGCAAAAAGAGGUGGUACGGACUAAAAAUAUCCUGCUGGCUACAGGCUCUGUCCCCACUCCAUUCCCUGGACUGGAGUUUGAUGAGAAGGUGGUUGUAUCAUCCACUGGUGCACUCUCACUGGAGAAAGUACCAGACAGAAUGGUGGUCAUAGGAGCUGGCGUCAUCGGUCUUGAGCUUGGGUCGGUGUGGAGCCGCCUGGGGUCAAAGGUGACGGCGGUGGAAUUCCUUGGUCACGUGGGAGGGAUAGGGAUAGAUAUGGAGGUCAGUAAGACAGUUCUCAGGUUGAUGAAGAAACAAGGGCUCGCCUUCAAGCUGCAGACUAAAGUCACAGCUGCGAGUGUGUCAGGGGGUGUGGUCAAGGUUGCCAUGGAGAGUGCGAAGGGAGGGAAGGUGGAGGAAGUAGAGUGCGACGUUUUGCUGGUCUGUGUUGGGAGGAGGCCAUACACUGACAAUCUCGGACUGGAGAACGUGGGAAUCAGUCUUGACGACAGGGGCAGAAUACCAGUCGACAAUCACCUCAGAACUACAGUCGACAAUAUCUAUGCUAUAGGAGACUGUAUUCAUGGACCAAUGUUGGCUCACAAGGCUGAGGACGAAGGUAUCAUAUGUGUGGAAGGAAUGGUGGGAGGAGUGGGGCAUUUGGACUACAACUGUGUACCAUCUGUCGUCUACACCCACCCAGAAGUGGCGUGGGUGGGCAAGAGCGAGGAAGACCUGAAGAGUGCAGGAGUUGAAUACAGAGUUGGGAAGUUCCCCAUGUCUGCCAACAGCAGGGCAAAAACCAAUGGAACCAAAGGGACAAUGAACGGAGCUAUUCUCUCUGUGACUAUUGCUAGUCUCCUCGCAUUUCCCGCCGUAUUUGCCGUCAUCACAAACUUUGCUGCACAAAACGGCGAAACGCUUCGCAACGUGUUGCUGACGGAGGCCGGAUCGCUCGUCCUCGGCUCCAACAGGUCUCUUCGGAGACUUUCAGCCGCUGAUCUGUCUGUAGUGCGGGAGGUUUUCCUGCCCGAGGGCCAAGUGAGUCGACUGCUACUGGGAGACCCCGAUGGGACCUACAGUGGGAGAGUAUUGUCGUGUCUCCGGACGAACUGCUCUCUGCUGGAUGUCAAUAACAUAGCCAGCCACAACUGGGAAGUCAGUAACGUUCUGUUAGUUGACGGAAUGACGAAUGCUGGAGGGUUGUUCGUUCGCGGACGAGAAGACACGUCAGUGUUGACUGUCGGACUACAGCGUAACGGGGAGCAGGUGUCGCGGAUUGUACGCGGCAACCUCGUCAAUGUGGGAGAAACCAGUGGUCAGGGCUUUAGCGUAUUCAACCGACAGACAGAAGGGUUUUUAUACGACAGAGAAUUUCUGACGAUAUUUCAAAACGAUGGCUUUUCGUAUUUCGUCACUAAACAAGGUGCUGAUGAUGAAAUAAGGGUGGUGAGGGUGUGUAACAACGACACGUCAUCAUCAGUCGCUAAUGGAGGGUUUGUGUCCUACUUUGAGAUAAGACUGGAGUGUGGUGGCUCGGAGUCUGUCCCCACUGCAGCCACUUUCCUCCCGUCAGACCAGACCAUCACCCUAUCUGCCGCCCAGUCUCAGAACUUGGUCUGCGUCUUCAAACUCUUUGACAUUCAUCAACUCAUGACUCAGAAAUACAACGACUGUAGAUAUGGAAUGGGCAGCACUGGACUUGCCAGAAGUGGUACAAAACCAUGUGAGCUUUUCGAUCCAGAGCGUCUCAACAAUACCGAUAUCACUGAGUGUAACUUAGUGUCGACUCUCCUGCCAUUUCAAGAAGUUGUGAAUCCACUAUCGGCAGGUCCUGUAUUCUCUCUUCCACUGAGUGAUGGCAAUUUCACCUCGUUAAUCCAUUCCACCCUCGACAAUGUUAGCUACCUGUUUGCUGGUACACACAAUGGGAAAAUCUACCAGUAUCACUAUGUCAACAGUACAUCGAUUAACCCCAUCCGCACCAUAAAUCUUGUAAGCAGUGAAGAAAUGAGUGGAACCAACAACGUGACUCAGAUGACAGUGGCAUCUGAUGGAUUAACCCUUUACGCUCUGAGUCCCAGAAAGCUCUACUCACAUCAGGCAGUAGAGGCGUCUGCAACAGCAUCACGUCGUGUAACGCUUGUCUCGGAGAGACGGAAGGAAAGACGCAAUCUGUGGAUGGUGCUCGCCUGGAAACCAGGUGUAGUCGUCGUCAUGCCGUGUUCAGCGGUAUGGUGUGUCUGACAGUAUUGGAUCCUGCCCAGUCAUCACAUCAGCGGAUCAUCCAUCAGCAUAUGUCAAGAAAAGGAUAUAGAUGUGGGGAGUUGAUCUUCAGCUGACAAAAUCAGCAAUAUCCCAGAAGGCUGUUACGCUAAGAGGUGUUGCUACGGUUUCUCAGAGCGUGCCCAUCUGAACAACAUUCUAGAUCCACUUCCGACCGUCCCUCAUAUGUGAUUGAACGCCAACCGGGAGGCAACAGAACCAUGAUAUGUUUACAGUGCGAGUUCGCUAGCGACAAUGUUCCGAAAAUACCACAUAACAGAGAUUCACUGGCAGAGCUGCUUUCCCUGCGUUACAGGAGAACACAAACAAAAAUGUGGCAGUUUUAGACAAUCCAAUCAGAUUUGCCCAAACUGCUCAGUACACACCAAACUGCACCUCGUGUAUUGAUAGCGAUAGUCAGUGCAACUGGUGUCCGUUCACCUUCAAAUGCAUCUCCUCCAUAAACGACUCCUGCUCCGGGGUUGAUGAGACUGUGAUGAGUCUGUCCGAAACUCCUCCCACCACUGGACAAUGACAAUUAUCGUCGUUCAUGUUGACUACACAAUGGGUAAACCCCCUCUCGUUAUCGAGGGCUGAGAAUCUUGGUCAAUUCAGUGAUAGUUUCUCUCAGCACAGGUUCAUUGUGCUCAUUAAAAAUGGAUCCUGAAGUUCUGUCAUCAAGCCGGAUGCUGGUGGUGAACACCGACGGCAACAAAGUGGAAUGUGUGAAACUAGGGUGAGUGCUGAGUGUGGGCGGAAGGGGGGAGAGAAUCAAGCAGCUAGCAUCAUAGAUAAGUCUGCUGCCUAGUUUGUGCGCAAUGUACACUCCAGCGAUGGGCAUAUCGCACAAAUUCAAAAUGAAGCUACCGUAUAUGCCCAUUUUGGGGUGGGGCUUUGUCGGCGCAAAUUACAUUGCAGACAGUCAGCCUG